UUAAGUUUCUAACAAGAGCAACACAUUUAGAAUAUUUCUCCCAAAAUCAAAAUGAAGAGUCUUUCACUCUCGGCCUCAAGCCACUCAAAAUCCCUCCUCCACCUUCUUAAACCCCAAACCCCCCAAUCCAAAUCCCCCGUCUUCCUCCUCCUGAGCCGCCACCUCUGCGCAAAUCCCAAUUCCAAUCCCAACCAACCACCCCAAGACGACUAUUCCCUCGUAACCCAAGUCCUCCAACUCCUCCGACCCAAUGAGAAAGACUGGAACUUUGACCAACUCCACACCCUCCUCUUCCCCAACUCAACCUCUCCCUCUCCUCGCUCCCUUUUCCUCAUCACUCGCCGCCUCGGCGCUCCCUCCAAAGCCCUCAAAUUCUUCGAUUACGUCUCCGAAAACGUGGCCGGAACCCCUCCAGGAUCCAAGGCUCUGCUCUCCACCGCAUUCCAGGCCCUUCUGGAGCUCACAUUGCGAGAGCCCACCUCGAAAAACAAGCUCUUUGAGCUUUACAAGAUGGCCAAGGACCGGAAUGUCCCGCUUAAUCUCAAGGCCGCAGGUCUCCUUGUUCGGUCCAUGGGCGCGGCUGGGAUGGAGGACGAGGCUCUCAUAGUGUUUAACGAGCUUCAUUUGGGGUUGAAAACUACCCACAUUCGCAAUGUGAUGGUUGGGAUGUUGCUGAAGAUUGGGCGAGUGGAUGAUGCACUGAAGGUGCUCGACGAAAUGCUUCACCCAGAAGCGAAGUUUCGGGUUGAUGAUUUUACCAGCGAUGUUGUGAUUGGCUCAUUAUUGAGGAGACAGCAGAUAGGGAGGAGUGUCAGUGAGGAAGAAAUUGUGGAGUUGGUGUCGAGAUUUGGUAAGCAUGGUGUGUUUCCUAAUAGCACAAUACUUACGAAAUUGGUCACUGUUUUGUGUAGGAAUAGGAAGAUUGGUAUUGCUUGGGAUGUUUUACAUGACGUCAUGAAGAUGGGUGGUGCUGUAGAAGCUGCUCCGUGCAAUGCGCUUUUGACAGCUUUGGGAAGAGGUAAUGAUUUUAAGAGGAUGAGUGAGCUUAUGGCGAAGAUGGAAGAGAUGGGCAUUAAGCCCGAUGUUAUAACUUUUGGUAUUCUUAUCAAUCGGUUAUGCAAGUCUAGGAGAAUAGAUGCUGCCUUGGAGGUGUUUGAAAAGAUGAGUGGAGGAGUAAAGGGGGUUUCGGCUGAACCAGAUGUGAUCAUCUAUAACACUCUGAUUGAUGGACUUUGUAAAGUGGGAAGGCAGGAAGAAGGAUUGCGUUUGAUGGAAAGGAUGAGAUCGCAAGGUGGCUGUGCUCCUAAUACUGUUACCUACAAUUGUUUGAUUGAUGGCUUCAACAAAGUUGGGGACAUUGAGAUGGGCCAUGAGCUCUUUGAUAAAAUGAAGGAGGAAGGGAUACCACUAAAUGUGGCCACCCUUAAUACUUUGCUUGAUGGUCUGUGCAGGCAUGGGAGACUCAACACUGCAUUUGACUUCUUCAAUGAAAUGCAGAGGGAUGGUCUGAAAGGCAAUGCUGUCACUUACACAAUCUUAAUCACUUCCUUUUGUAAUGUGAACAAUAUUAUCAAGGCAAUGGAGUUGUUUAAUCAGAUGUUGAGCGCUGAGUGUCCCACAGAUGCAAGAGUUUACCACUGCUUGAUCUCUGGUUUAAGCCAAGCUGGAAGGAUGGAGGAUGCCAGCUUUGUUGUUUCGAAGUUGAAGGAGGCUGGUUUCUCUAUGGAUAUCGUUUCCUACAAUGUUAUGAUUAAUGGGUUCUCCAGUAAAAAUAAGCCUGAUAAGAUUCAUGAGAUGAUUGAGGAAAUGGAGGCGUCUGGAGUGAAGCCUGAUAGCGUAACAUACAACACCUUGCUUGCCUACUUAAGCAAAGCUGGGGACUUCAAAAGUGCACAUAAAGUACUUGACAGGAUGAUGGAUGAGGGUAUUGUUCCCACUGUUGUCACUUUUGGUACAUUGAUUCAUGCACAUUGCUUGGAUGGUGAUAUCGACAAAGCCAUGAGAAUCUUCAGAGACAUGGGUUCUAAGUCAAAGAUACCUCCGAAUACUGUAAUAUACAGUGAUUUAAUAAAUUCUCUCUGCAAGAAGAAUGAUGUGGAACAAGCUCUUUAUUUGAUGGAGGAUAUGAAGGAGAAAGGGGUCAGACCUAAUACCCAAACGUUCAAUGCCCUGUUCAAAGGCCUUAGAGAGAACAAUUUAUUAAAGAAGGCAUUUCAAUUUAUGGAUCGAAUGGUUGAACAGACCUGUAAUCCUGAUUAUAUAACGAUGGAGAUUCUUACUGAAUGGCUUUCUGGUGUUGGUGAAAUAGAGAGGUUGAGAAAGUUUGUUCAAGGAUAUCCGGUUUCAAAGCCUCAGCCCAAACAGAAGGAUGGGAUUGUCGCAUUGUAAAUCGUUCAUGGUCAGGAGAAAGCAUAAAUGAUUCUAAUCUUCAAGCCUUUUUGCAGCGGACAGGUCAGCUUAUUAUGUAGCCAUGUUGAUCUUGGUUGAUACAUGUGCAUCGGAUAUUCUUGUGUGUAUCCCUUUUGGUCUUAACAUCUUUGGUAAAGUUUAUCUCAUAAGAUAUGUUUGUAAUAUCUUUGCUGUUUACGUUCUACUGCAACUUUAGCUUUUGCUUGGUAAAGAACUUAUUAGGCAUUUAUAGGCUUUAGGAACUGUAUUCUUAUUUAAGACUGCAUGGUCAGCGUAUAUGGAUUCUGAUGCAUUUGUUGGCAUAUGUUAAUUCAGAUGCAACUAGUGCAAAUAGUAGGGAUUCAGGUAGGCUCAAAACUACUACGUUUCCUGAGCUCAGCCUCAAGCUUGUAACAAGCCUAGAACCAAAUACUUGUCACAACUUAUUCUAAUGGCUGUAGGCAUCAGGCUCCAACUUAGUUGUUCUCCCUGAUAACCUAUGGGUUAUUGGGUUUGGUCUAGAAUAUUUUUUCUUUCUUUCUUUCUUUCUUUCUUGUUCUUUGUCAGGGUUUUGGCAUGAUAUAUAAUUCUCUGUUGACAUAAUAAGCUUAUCUUCAAUUAUUUCCUUAUAUCAUGCUGGUGCUAGUUUACCAUGAUCACAGCACCCACAUCAUGCCAAGGGCCCAAGGUUAAUUCAACCCCACAUCAUGCCAAGGGCCCAAGGUUAGCCCUAAAUUCCGAAGCAGUUUGCACAAGUUGGAGAAGUCAUCAACAAAGCUCUAGUAGAGUACAAGGAAGAAGUGACUUGUGGGAAGUUUCCGGCCGCUGCCCAUUGCCCAUACAAAAUUAAUCCUGCUGAUGUUGAUGGCUUUUUAAGCGAGUUAUGUACAAAAUAAUGGGUUUGGACAAGGCCACAUCUGCGGCCGCUGAAGCAGCCGAGAAGAUAUACACAAGCAAAUCAAAGUAACUGGCAAUGACCCAAAGGCUCAUGUGAGUAAAAACCCAUCUAGUCAAAAGUUGGAUUUUGAAGUAAAGGAUCACAAUGCGAAAAUGUGAAAUAUCUAAUGAGUCGUGCAUUGUUUUCAUGAUGGUCAGCGUUAUCUUACAAUAGUUUGAAGGAGCAGAAUGCCACCUUCCCCUUUGACAUUUCCCCGUAACAGUGUAGGUAUCCAUUGAAUGAAGUUUGGUUCCAUUCUGAGUUGUAAAAGAAAGGUUCUUCUUGUUUAAUAUUGUGUUUAGAAUUCGAAAGCAACUUCAGUAUUAAGAUUUGAAUAUCACUACUAGAAUCAUUCCUGAUUCCAUACGUGUUAGUAUGUUACUAGACAUUUUAAGGCAAAAU